CUUCCAUGAAAUAAUGAAAGAAAGCUAUAUCUAUAGAUCUUUAAUCACUUGGAGAAACAAAUUAAGAAAAGAAUUUCAUCCAGAAGAAAAUAAAGUAACUGGUGCUGUGGAAACAAUUGAGGAAGAUGAAGAUGAUGAUGAUGAUGUUAAAGUAGAGCAACAGCUCUCUGAACUCCAAGAUGAGCAGAAAAAGGAACAGAAAAGGAAAGAGAAGAAAGUCCGAAAAGAAAAAUCCAAACUGAGACACAAGAUGGAUCUUAAAAUGAUCAUCCCUGGUGACAAAAUAGAUAUGUCAGAUGAUUUGGAGCUUUUUAAAUUAAACAAGAUAAAAUCAAAGGAGCAAUUAUCAGAGCUGGAGAAAGGGGACAUUGUUGAAGAAGAAGAUUCUUAUGAUGGCUCUGAUAUUGUAUUACCUAAGAAUUAUCGACAGACUGUAUCAUAUGACCGUGAUGAUUCAAAGGAUUAUUAUGACGACACAGAAGGUAAAGCUGAACAAGAAGAAGAAUCUGAUAGUGAUGAAGAUGAUGAUGAACCAAAUAGUGCAUUAGAUGAGAAAAGUCAAAACCCUUUGGUGGUGGACCUUGAAGACAGAGGUAGUAAAACAAACAGGAGAACAGAUAAUUGGUUUAAAAAGGCCAUUUUCAGUGGCAUUGAUGACAACCAAGAUGAAGAUUUAGAAAUAGCAAGAAUGACUGAAGAGUAUACUAAAAAAGGAGGAGUCAUUUUAGGAAGGGGAAAACAAAAAAGAAAACUAAAGGAAAAAUCACAUGAGGAUUUAGAAGACAGUGAUAUGGAGUUUGAAACCAAACAACAGGAUUCAGAUUCUGGCCAUGACAGUGACUCUGAUAAUGCAGUAAGAGAAAACAGGAGUGGUGAUGAAGAAACUGAUGAAAGUUCAGAUUCUGAUGCAGAUUCUGAUGCAAGUGAUUAUGAUGUAAAUAAAUCCGUUCUGGUAAACAAAAAAUCAGGAGAAAAGAUGAUUGGAAAGGCUUCUCAUGGACAAGAUGACUUUGAAGUCGUUCCAGUUGUAGAACCUGCACAUAAAAUUCCAAGACUAGAUCCUGUAGGAUUGGCUAUUGGUGCCAAAAUGAUACAAUCAGGGAAGAAGAGAAGAGAAAUCAUAAACCAAGCUUAUAACAGGUACACAUUUAAUGAUGAAAACCUCCCAGAUUGGUUUGUAAAGGAUGAAGCCAAGCACAUUAGAAAACAACUACCAGUGACAAAGCAAGAUGUCCAGGAAUACAGGGAGAGACUUAAAGCCAUUAAUGUGAGACCAAUUAAGAAAUUGGCAGAAGCUAAGGCUAGGAAAAAGAAAAAGGUAUUGUAUCAAUAUCACAAUCUUUCAUUGCCCUGCUAUAUUGAUAAACGCAUUUAG